CGUUGGGCAGCGGCCGACUUUCCUCUCAGGUAACAGCUUCUGCUUGGGAGUGGUGAUGGGGCUCAAGGCGGGUCUGGAAACAUCGGCUGCCAUCCCACCUCCCGUUUCCUGCCAGCACCGUAGGAGUCCAGGAAAUUGAUGCUUUAUCAACAUAGAGAUUAAUUAUUUAUAUUUGGGAGCAGCAUAACUGCGGACCAGUUACCUGUCAAGAGUUUUAUAAACCAGUGACAUAAACUGUUAUUCCAUUGCUUUCAUCCUUCAUCUCACCUUGGAACUUGUAUUACUUAUGGCGUUCAGGAGACAAGUGAAAAACUUUGUGAAAAAUUACUCAGAUGCUGAAAUAAAAGUCAGGGAAGCAACUUCUAACGACCCUUGGGGUCCCUCUAGUUCUCUGAUGUUAGAUAUCAGUGACUUGACUUUCAACACAAUUUCUCUCUCAGAGAUUAUGAAUAUGCUAUGGCACAGACUCAAUGACCAUGGGAAGAACUGGCGCCAUGUGUAUAAAUCCCUUACCCUAAUGGAUUAUCUCAUCAAGAAUGGAUCGAAGAAAGUCAUUCAGCAUUGCAGAGAGGGAUUCUGUAACCUUCAAACACUAAAAGAUUUUCAGCACAUAGAUGAAGCUGGAAAAGACCAAGGUUAUUAUAUCCGGGAAAAAUCUAAGCAAGUCAUCACAUUGCUGAUGGAUGAACAGUUGCUAUGUAAAGAGAGGGAAGUGGCAUGUCGGACUAGACAGCGUACCUCCUACUCUAUGUUUUCUAAAAGACCACUUGGUUCAAGUAACUCACUGACAGCGUGCACUUCUGCCCCUACACCAGAUAUUUCUGCUUCAGAGAAGAAGUAUAAGCUUCCUAAGUCUAGAAGGCUACGUAAUAAAAGCUGUACAGGAAGCAUGGCUGGGGAAGCCUCAGGAAACUUACAGUCAUGGCGAAAGGCAAAGGGGAAGCAAGAAUGUCCUACAUGGCUGAAGCAGGAGGAAGAGAGCGAAGCAGGAGAAAAUGUGUGCAAGGCAGGAUUGAAACAAGAGCAUUGCCAAGAUGUUCAUUUGCCUACAGAAACUGUGUUGUCCCAGGAAACACUUCCACUCAAGAUUCAUGGCUGGAAAUCAACAGAGGACCUGAUGACAUUUUUUGAUGAUGAUCCAAAGCUGCCUUUACUAGCAACACCUCCUUCCAUUGUCUCACCAAUGACGUGCUUGUCAGAAGCAGCAGAAGUUUGUAAUCUUUUGGGUGCAGAUGCUGUGCCUACUCUCUCAGAAAAUAGUCCAUCUGGGCAGACAGAUGUGAGUUUGGACAAGAGAUCAGAUGGUAUUCUUACAAAUACUGUAACAGAAACCCUCUUGGAAACACCUUUAGAAAAGCAAUCAGCUGCAGAAGGUCUUAAAACAUUGACAAUUUUACCAGCAUGUUGGUCAAGUAAAGAGGAGUUUAUCAGCCCCAACUUAAGGGUAUCAAAGUCAGAUUCUACUUUCCAUAACCAGGCCUCUGUAGAAACACUGUAUCUCUCUCCCUCAUUCAAAAUAUUUGACCGAGUGAAGGAGAUUGUAAUCAACAAGGCCUACCAGAAACCAGCACAACCCAGCAUUCAGAUGGAUGAUAAAAUCCUCAAGACAACCACACGGGUUUCAACUGCCUCUGAGGGAGCAUCUUCCUUUUCUCCUUCAUCCAUGUCAUCUCCUGAUCUAGCCUCUCCAGAGAAGUCAGCUCAUCUCUUAUCCCCAAUUCUGGCCAGACCUUCCUUCUGGACUUUGUCCCAUCAACAGUUGUCUUCUACCUCCUUUAAAGAUGAAGAUAAGACAGCCAAGCUGCAUCACUCCUUUGCUUCCAGGGGCCCAGUGUCUUCUGAUGUAGAGGAAAAUGAUAGCCUCAAUCUACUGGGAAUUCUUCCAAAUAACUCUGAUUCUGCUAAAAAGAAUAUAAGUCAUAUUUCUAGUAGUCAUGGGGGAGAGUUUUCCACCCAAAAUGUAGACCAGUUCAUCCCUGCGUCCUGUUCUGGUUUUCAGUCAACCAAAGACUUCCCCCGGGAACCUGAAGCAAAGAAUUCCAUUAGUGUUCUUUUAAGGGAGGUAAAAUGUGCGAUCACUAGAUUACAUGAAGAUCUGAGCACAGUGAUCCAAGAACUUAAUGUCAUCAAUAACCACUUGAUGAGCAUGAGUCUGAAUAGUUCACAAAUAAGCCAGUCUUCGCAGGUCCCCCAGUCUUCUGAGGGGGGCUUAGAUCAGAUCUAAUCAUCACAAUAUCCAUUUUUGAUAGAACUCGUGUGGUUCCACUUCCCCAAGACUUAAGUUAGCAUUGUAUAAAUUCAUAUUACUAUGGCAAAAAAGGUGAUGGUUUAAUUUUUCCUUGUCAGGUGUGUCUUUCAAACUAAUAAUUUCAUUUGGGUGGUUUAUUUUUUAAAAGGGAAAGAUGUCACCUUUGAUAAUUUCAGAUUUAGAUAUUAGUUCAUUUGAAACAGAAGAGAAUUUCGUUCUUUCAUGCUCUGUACGUCAAAUGGGUUAAGCAUUAGUGAAAAUUGUGGUAAGACCUCAAACUGCAAAUGACUAUUCAAGAACUUUUGGAUAAGGAGUCAGGAAGAAGCUCUUUAUCUUUCAACUGUAUGGAGCUUGUUAACAAGCCUCUGAGGUGACCUAGGAGGAUCGAGUUUGGGGGUAUACAUUUCACACACUCUUUUGCAAGUUUUAGGUUCUGCAAACCAAGGGCCAGAAAUCUUUUCUUUCUUCCAGAUGCUAGUGUUAGGAGUUAAAUGGAAAUAAGAAGGACAUGGGGCAAAUGUUUUUACUGUCAAUGUAUAUUGCAAAGUGAAUUCAAAUGCAUCCGAUUAUUCUACUUCAGAAAAUAAAUUUGAUAUUUUUCAUCUUCU